AUGGCGAAUUCACAGUCGUCCCAGGCCCUGGCUGGCUUUCUGGACUCAAUGCAUGAUGCAUCUGCAUACUCCCUGCUGGGCCCUUCGGAGUACCCCGAAAGCGUGGCAUUCUGGCACGACCCCUCCGCCCCGACAAUGAGAGUAGCCCCCUCAUAUCAGGCGGUGCCCCUGUCCGACCAAAAGAAACACAAGCGCACCCGCAGCGGCUGCUUCACCUGCCGUUCCCGCCGAAUCAAAUGCGACGAGAAUCGCCCCGUCUGUGAACGCUGUAGGAAGGGCAGUCGGGAUUGUGUUUAUCCCUCGCCCUCGCCCUCUGCAUCGUCCAAGGCGGGCGGGCGACAUGGCAAAUCCCGCGCCAACCGUCCUCCAUCUCAGGGGAGUGAUUCCUCCGGAAAGGUGGAGGUCGAAGCGGUUAGCCCUUUGGAACCCAUCCUCGAUGAGGAGGAACCCGAUGCCACAUCGGAUUCGCGACCGUCGCCAAUUAUCCCGGAUACACGACCGAGUCUUAGUAAAAGUGGGAGCACACAGUCGAUUUGGAAAUCUUCGAGGCAGUCAGAUACGGCCUUUGUGAAAGAUCAGAGCAGCUCGCCGUCAACCGAGUCGUCCCGGUUGGAGUCCAUGAGUGUGCGCUCGGGCAGCAUCGGACAUUCCACGGCAGAGCUGAUCAACAAUGCGCGUCUGUCGGACGAUGUGCGCUUUUAUCUAUCCUUCCACCAAGAUUUUAUGACCACCCCCCACUUCUUCCUUAGACAGAGCUGUUUCCAUUUCAUUCACCACAGCUUGAUCGAGCUUGCCUUACAGUAUGACCCUCUCCUCUACGCUCUGGUGGGCUUCUCGGCCUACCACCAUAGCCUGCACACCGAGGGAAAGCUCUCUACAUUCCUGAAAUACUACAACAAAGCAUUGAUGCUUCUACGGAAAUCGCUAGGCUCGGGGGAACUGCACACAGAGGCUACUCUUUGUACUGUCCUUGUAUUAACCACAACAGAGGAAUACAUUGGCGACUGGAUGAACUUGAUCGACCACCAUCGAGCGGCCCAUGCGCUGAUGCGAGAACUGCUCACACCGGAAUCAUCCAACCUGAACGAAUUACACACCAACAUCUUCCUCUGGUACGCGCGAUUCGAUGUCGUCGUGGGGAUCCUAGCCGGCACCGAAACGGUCCUCAGCCGAGAUUGGUACUUAGCCAAGGAGCAGCACGAUGCAGAACAGGCCGCCCUCUACCCCGACGACCCAUCCAAACAAUUAGAGCUAGUUGGAUCCAUCAAUCGUCGAUUUGGUUUGGAUAUGGCGUCCCUUUAUGCGAAAUUGUCUCGAGGUAUGGUCUCGAUGGAGCAAUUUGCCAUCCAAAACGAACAGCUCGGUCAAUGGCUCGAGCAAGCGAAAAUCAUCUUGAGGGGCUUCGACGAUUAUGAAUACAAGGUGCAGGAAUUCCCACACAAACAACCAUUGACCGAAGACGAUAUCACGGAUCCAUAUCUGCCCGGUGGCUUACAUCGAGGGGCUCUCUGGGAUUUCAACUACGCCUGGAUUGACAUCCUCUCCACAGAGACCAUGUAUAAAUUCCAAACCAUGCAGGUCCUCCAGCAACCUCUGCUCCAAGAUUUGCAAGAUUUGGCACAGGAACAGUGCCGGUUGAUCGAGACGAUGAGUCGGUGGCCCUAUAAAGAAAACGGGUAUUGCAUCAUGUUCAAAAAUAGCAUCGGGAUGGCGAGCAUGUUCCUUCCCAAAGAUCACAAACACCAGAUGUGGUCACGGCGAAAAAUGGUCUUGAUGGAGCAGAACGGAUACAUUAUCCCCCCUUCGUUCCGCAUGGCCCUCGCAGCUAUCUGGCAUCAGCCCGAUGUCAAUUACUGGUGGCUUCCCAAUGAUGAAGGAUACACCAAGAUUGUCCGCGAAAUUCGUGAAUUAACAGCCGAGCGCUCUGCCCAGCCCCGAGACGAGCUGCGCGAAAACGUCCGCGAUAUGAAAACGCUCUUUGGACGACUAAAUGUCAAUGAUUUGGAAGAUGGAAGCAGUCCAACCAGCACAAACAGUGGUCAUCAUUGA